CCGGAGGCGGCGGGAGUCGCGGCUGCUGUCCGUGCACCUGAGAUCCGACGCCCGGGUCUUCGAAGCUGCGCCCGCAGCAGUCCCCGUCGCCAUGAGCCGCUUCAAGGUGUCCAAGUUCCGACACACGGAGGCCCGGCCGUCCCGCCGCGAGGCCUGGAUCAGUGACAUUCGAGCAGGAACCACACCCUCAUGUGGGAACCAUAUCAAAUCCAGCUGCCACUUGAUUGCAUUUAACUCUGACCGUCCAGGUGUGCUGGGCAUCGUGCCUCUGGAAGGCCAAGGAGAGGACAAGAGACAGGUGACCUACCUUGGCUGCCAUUCAGACCUGGUCAUGGACUUGGACUUCUCUCCCUUUGAUGACUUCCUCCUGGCCACGGGCUCAGCUGACAGGACGGUGAAGCUGUGGCGCCUGCCCGCCCCUGGCCAGGUGCUGCCCUCGGUGCCCGGGCUGGUGCUGGGCCCAGAGCCUGUCCAGGUAGAGGUGCUGCAGUUCCAUCCCACCACGGACGGUAUCCUGGCGAGCGCAGUGGGCAUGGCCGUGAAGGUCUGGGAUGUAGCCAAGCAGCAGGCCCUCACAGAGCUGGUGGCCCAUGGGGACCUCGUGCUGGGUGCCGUCUGGAGCCGGGACGGAGCCCUGGUGGGCACGAUGUGCAAGGACAAGCAGCUGCGGAUCUUCGACCCCAGAGCAAAGCCAGGGGCCUCCCAGAGCACAGAGGCCCACAAGAACAGCAAGGAUGGUCGGCUGGUGUGGACGGGCACCCAGGAGCACCUUGUGUCCACUGGAUUCAACCAGAUGCGUGAGCGGGAAGUGAAGCUGUGGGACACCCGGCACUUCUCCAGCGCCCUCACCUCCCUCAGCCUGGACACCUCACCCAGGUCUCUGCUGCCCCUGCUGGACCCAGACUCCGGGCUCCUGAUCCUGGCAGGAAAGGGGGAGAGUCAGUUGUACUGCUACGAGGUGGCCCCCCAGCAGCUCGCACUGAGCCCAGUGACCCAGUGCCUCCUAGAGAGCGCGCUGCGCGGGGUGGCUCUCGUGCCCCGGCGGGCGCUGGCCGUCAUGGGCUGCGAGGUGCUCCGCGUCCUGCAGUUGAGCGAUGCGGCCAUCGUGCCUGUCAGCUACCGCGUGCCUCGCAAGGCUGUGGAGUUCCACGAGGACCUGUUCCCAGACACGGCAGGCUGCGUGCCUGCCUCCGACUCCCAUGCCUGGUGGGCUGGGAGCAACCAGCAGGUGCAGAAGGUUAGCCUCCACCCAGCUCACCGGCCCUACCCCAGCUUCACUUCCUGCCUGGUGCCCCCCGCGGAGCCCUCCCCCGAUGCAGCCCCGCCAGCAGCAGCCCCGCCUGCAGAGACACCUGUGGGUGAUGCGGACCCCAGCGAGGGCUUCUCCUCCCCUCUCAGCUCGCUGACCUCGCCCUCCACGCCCUCCAGCCUGGGGCCCUCCCUCUCUAGCACCAGUGGCAUCAGCACCAGCCCCAGCCAGAGGUCCCUACAGAGCCUGCUGGGCCCCAGUUCCAAGUUCCGCCAUGCUCAGGGCGCCGUCCUGCACCGAGACAGCCACAUCACCAACCUCAAGGGACUCAAUCUCACCACGCCUGGCGAGAGUGACGGAUUCUGUGCCAACCAGCUACGCGUGGCCGUGCCCUUGCUCAGCAAUGGUGGGCAGGUGGCUGUGCUUGAGCUACAGAAGCCUGGCCGCCUGCCCGACACAGCACUGCCCACGCUGCAGAAUGGGGCAGCUGUGACGGAUCUGGCUUGGGACCCCUUUGACCCCUACCGCCUUGCUGUUGGUGGGGAGGAUGCCAGGAUCCGACUGUGGCGGGUGCCCCCAGAGGGCCUGCAGGAGGUGCUCACAACACCUGAGGCUGUGCUCACAGGCCACACAGAGAAGAUCUACUCUCUGCGCUUCCACCCACUGGCAGCCGAUGUGCUGGCCUCCUCUUCCUAUGACCUUACCAUUCGGAUCUGGGACCUUCAGGCCAGAGCCGAGCGGCUGAGGCUGCAGGGCCACCGGGACCAGAUCUUCAGCCUGGCUUGGAGUCCUGAUGGACGGCAUCUGGCCACUGUCUGCAGGGACGGGUACUUGCGGGUCUAUGAGCCCCGGGGUGGCCCUGAGCCCCUGCAGGAAGGCCCAGGGCCUGAGGGGGCCCGUGGAGCCCGUGUUGUCUGGGUCUGUGAUGGUCACUGUCUGCUGGUGUCUGGUUUUGACAGCCGAAGUGAGCGUCAGCUACUCCUAUACCCCACCGAGGCCCUGGCCGGUGGUCCUUUGGCAGUGCUGGGGCUGGACGUGGCUCCCUCGACCCUGCUUCCCAGCUAUGACCCAGACACCAGCCUGGUGCUACUCACGGGCAAGGGCGACACCCGCGUGUUCCUGUACGAGCUGCUCCCCGAGGCUCCUUUCUUCCUAGAGUGCAAUAGCUUCACGUCCCCGGAUCCCCACAAGGGCUUCAUUCUCUUGCCCAAGACAGAGUGUGACGUGCGGGAAGUAGAGUUUGCCCGAUGCCUACGGCUUCGCCAGACCUCCCUGGAGCCUGUUGCUUUCCGGCUACCCCGAGUCAGGAAAGAGUUCUUCCAGGAUGAUGUUUUCCCAGACACAGCCUUGAGCUGGGAGCCGGUGCUCAGUGCCAGCGCCUGGCUGGGAGGUGCUAAUGGGCAGCCCCAGCUUAUCAGCCUGCAGCCUGCCGGCAUGACCCCAGUAAGCCAGGCCCCCCGUGAAGCCCCUGCCCGACGGGUCCCACCCUCAGCACUCUACCUGGAAGAGAAGUCAGACCAGCAAAAGAAGGAGGAGCUGCUAAAUGCCAUGGUGGCCAAGCUGGGGAACCGGGAGGACCCGCUCCCCCAGGACUCCUUUGAAGGUGUGGACGAGGACGAGUGGGACUAGCCUGCCCACCACUACCUCUAGCCUCACCGGCCACUGCCACCUCCUAGAACCGCCUGGUGUGGUGCCCCCUGCACACCUCACUUCUCACCCUCAAACUGGAAGAUGCCUCCUGGCCCUGGCACACCUUGUCCCAAAAGCUCUGGCUUCCUCUGGGCCUUGGGCACUUCUGUGGCCUCUGGGCCCCGCUGCAACUCCUGUGGAUUGUCUGCACCUCUGCUUUCUGUGGGACUGGCUGCUUCUCCGCUGCCUGCUAGCAUGUGGAACCAGGGGCGUGGCAGUGGGGUGGGGUGGGGUGGGAGUGGGGGUCAGUGGCACGCCCCUGGGCUAGUCCCAGCCUGGGCUGGCUUCGCCCAGCACCUUCAGUUGUUACACGCCAUCCCAUCUUGCCUGCUGGCCCACUUCUAGUCAAGAGCCUUGGGGGCUGGCCCCCUGCCAGGCCAUUUGGAGCAGCAUCAGUCUCAGGGGCCAGGGACCAGCUGCCCUCCUCCUCAGGUUUGAAACCAGUAGAAGGGGGCAUUACAGAGCUGAUGGCCCAAUCAAGGGGGGUGUGAACCCCUCAGUGACUGGCCUGAAUAUACCCUGGAUGUUUUCAGCAAUUAAACUUUUCUAA